CUUUUUCUUAACGACUAUUAUGCGUGUCCGUGAAGAUAUAUAUCUAACGGAUUUUGUCAAGAUAUAAACUACAUUGAACGUUGACUAACACUAAAUAAAAAUAUUUCUCUGUUUCCUUGUUGAAAAACUCGGCUGCCUAAAAUGGGCCUUAAAGCCCAAUAAGAGUUGCAAAAGAUCAUUUAUAUCCAUUGGCUAUGAGUUUCAACAAGGAAACAGAGAAAUAUCUGUGAGGACGAAAACUCUCCUUCGCUCCGGCGAGUUUUGCCGGUGAUAGGCAAAGUCUUUCCGGCACCUUUAGAACUUCACAAUUACUUAAGGAUUAUCGGAUUGCGAAGUGUGACUAUAUGUAAAAAGAAAUGGUGCAAAGUCAGUCGUUAAGCACAUUAACAAUCUGUGGGAGUGUAGAAGUUUACAGCUCAUGGAGGAAUCGUUUAAAUUCAUGGAAAUCCUCAAGUUUGAUUGGUGAUCGAUGUGUUUCGUGUCGAUUCCUGCGUGGAUCAUCAUCUCUUAGAAGCCAUUGGAAGUCAAUAAAGCAAAGAAAUCUGUUGAGGGUUGAAGCUAGAUGGCCGUUUCAAGGGAGUGAUCAAGGUCUAGACCCGAUCUCUGAGCGAAGCGAGAGUGCCAAUGAGGAUAUUUUGAUCUUCUUCUUUCAGCUAGACUUGGCUACUCGCGUACAGUAUGCGUUGAACCUGGAGCAGUACGACAUUGCGCAACAGCUAAGAGAAAAGCUUACUGAGGUGGAAGAAGAGGCGAUAAGGCUUCAAGAAGGGAAACGAGGGUCAUCGUCAAAAAGUGAAGCUCAGGACAAGGGUAUUAGCAUUAUAAGGCUACGUGCAGAUCUCCAGAACGCCAUUGACAGUGAGGAUUAUGGUUUGGCAGCUAAGUUAAGAGAUGAUAUCUCGAAGCUUGAGGCGGAAUCGUUAGCUGUAUCAGCGAAAGCCUUGGCUUUUGAGAAUGCAGAGUAUGCAUUUCGUUUGGGACAGAAACUUAGACACAAAAGUUUUGGUUACCGGGCUGUGGUUUGCGGGAUGGAUCCAGUUUGCUGUGAAUCAAGCUCCUGGAUGGAAGCUGCAGAGGUCGAAAAGUUGCCUCGUGGAUCCAAUCAGCCAUUUUAUCAGGUUCUGGUCGAUGUUCGCUCGCACCCAGACCUACUAGUGGCAUACGUUCCUGAAGACAAUCUAUUAGCUCCAGAGAAAGCCGACAAAGAACGGUUUGAUCAUCCAUACAUUUCGUUUCUCUUCUAUGGAGCAGACACAGCUGGAGAUUUCAUCCCAAUCCAACAACUGCGUGAGAAGUACAACAAACCUCGGCAUGAAGUUCCUUUUGAUUCACAAGACGAAGAUUAAGAUGAAAGCGAGAACGUAAACCUAAGAGUUCACAAUCGCAGACUCCAGCUCAGACCACACACCAAAGCAAGAAUCUUAGCAUAGCUCAGAGCUGUUCCCUGUUGGUUAUAUUAUAUAAUCCUUGUAGAUGUAGUCAACACGACUGUUCUUGCUCCGUACACGAAAACAAAUCGACUUUAUCCAAGAAUGCUUUUGUGUAUAUAUAUGCUUCUUCGUUCAUCCAGUAAAGCUAUCAACUAACCAACUGCUGAGAACUCUGUUUCCAGUGAGCUAUGUCCUGCGAUCUUGCUCAGACCUUUCUGCUUCAUCAGAUUUCUAACUUCUGUAGCAUGACUCCAUCUUCCAUCCGAUGCAUACAAAUUGGAUAUAAGGACAUAAUAAGAGGCAUCAUCAGGAUGCAAAUCGAGCAUCUUCUUAAUUACAAUCUCCCCAAGAUCAAAUCUUGAAUGCAUUCCACAUCCGUGGAGAAACGCUGCGAAACAUCUCACGUUUGGUUGAAUCGGCAUCUUCUCGAUCACGUCUAAUGCUUGUUCAAGCUCACCAGCGCGAGCUAGCAUAUCAAUUAUACACGUGUAGUGCUUUGUGGAAGGCGUGAAGUUAUAAUCUUUGUACAUUGAGCUGAAGUACUUCUUUCCUUCGUUAACCAUCCCUGUGUGACUACAAGCUGAUAGAAUAGAUGUGAAGGUCGAUUCGUUCGGCUUUUGUUGCUUCUUCAGCAUCUCUUCAAAUAGGUCAACCGACCCUUUCGUGUCCCCUUGCUUUCCAUAGCCUCCGAUCAUAGCACUCCACGUGAUUGUGUUUUUCUCCUCUAUAGUAUCGAAAACGGUACGAGCAGAUUCGGCAUCCCCACAUUUGGCAUAGAAGUCCAGAAGUGCAGUACCAACAUGAACACUGGAUGACGCCAAGAAACCUAGUUUCAGUGAAUAAGCAUGGAGCGAGGAACCUAUGGCCAGAGACCCGAGGGAAGCACAGGCUGAGAAGAGACUCGCGACUGUUACACCAUUAGGCGUCACAGAUUCUGAAUUCAUGCGAUGGAACAGAGACAAAGCUUCAUGGACAGAUCCGUUUUGUGAAAAACCGGAUAUUAUAGAGUUCCAAGCAACUAAAUCUUUCUCCGACUCCAUUUCAAACACAUACAUAGCGUCUCUGUUCUGGAAACACUUGGCAUACAUGUGAACCAGAGCAUUUGCAACAUUUGUAUCCCAAAGACCAACUUUGAUCGAUAGGCCAUGAGCUGAUCUUCCCAGUUCAAGAUUCCCAGUUAGACCGCAACCAGAUAAGACGCUCGCAAUGGUAACAGCAUUAGGCUUGAUUCCAACCCCCUUCAUCCUCUGAAACAAGCUCAAAGCCUCAUCGGCACGUCCAUUAUGAGUGUAUCCCACAAUCAUAGCCGUCCACAUGACGAGAUCCACACGAGAAUGCUCGUUAAAGACUCGUCGUGCAUUGCUUAUAUCGCCACACUUGACAUACAUAUCCAGCAGAGACGUCACCAAACACGAGCUGAGCUCUAUACCGGUCUUGAUCAAACAACCAUGAAACCACUUCCCUUGAUGUAAAGCACCGAGCUUUGUGCAAGCCGUAACUAGAGUACCGUACGUAACUUCAUUACCGGAAACAGAGUUUUCCCUCAUCCGAUUAAACAGAGCCAACCCAUCUUCCUGCAAGUCGUUUUUCACAUACCCAGCGAUCAUCGAAGUCCAACAAACCACAUUUCUCAAUGGAAUAUAAUCAAACACUUUACGAGCAGUCUUGAUCUCUCCACACUUUGCAUACAUAUCAAGAAGACCCGUCAACACAAUGUUAUCAGAACUUGGCACCUUAACGAUCUGGCAAUGUAUCUUCUUCCCAUUAUCUAAAUCCUGCAUCUCAGUACACGCUUUCAGAGCUAUCGAGAGAACAAUGUUAUCGUAACCGUGUCUCCUCAUAAAACCAUAAAAGCUUAUGACUUUUAGACUCUCUUUGUUCUGAAAAUAACAGCUGAGCAUGACUUUCAAUAAAUAAAAGUCUGGUUCAGGAAUUUGAUCGAACACCAAGCGGGCGUCUUUCGUACACCCAAAGUCACCGUAGAGGCUAACAAGCUUGGUGGCACACGAUAUCUCACCCAUAAGCCCAUUUACAUUUAAGAUCCCGUGAGCUUUCCUCAGUGAAUCAAUGUUCGUGCACUUGCUUAGAAUGCGAAAGCACGGGAUCGGAGCGGCGUAAUGCAGAAAAGUUCUGGAAUCGUCAUUGUCUUGGGGUAAAAUCAGUUCCUGGAUUGUCGUAAAUGGUACGCAUCUCUGUUGAAACGUUAAUCUUUUGAUCGGAGAAACCCACUGGGGUAAGAGAGAGACGGAGCGUCGCAUCUGUUUUCGCCGUUCACGGCUUCUCGGCGGCGUGGCU